ACGGAAUACCGGUUGGAAGUAAAAUAUCACUAGCAGAAAACAUAGCCUCCAGAACUUUCUAGACGCUAAGUGUGAGAGCAGACAGCGGGCUCAUGGCAAGCGACAGGUGUUUUACUGACAGUUUCAUAGACGCGGAUCCAACACGAGCUCUGGAGGAGCUGAAUGCGGCUUUAGGCGAGACGGCUGAUAAUGCAGAAUGGCUGUGUCAACGAGCCUAUGCACACAUCCUGCUCAAAGACUAUAACAGAGCAGUUGAUGAUGCUAAGAAAGCACAGCAGCUUCAGCCUGGUAUGGCGCUUGCAUUCCUGAGAACAGGAAUUGCAGAAUAUCAUCUUAACAACAUCAGUGCUGCACACCAGGCCUUCACAGCUGGAAAAGGACUUGAAGGUGCUAAUGAGGCCUUUCAAAUGUGGAUCAAGAAUUGUGAAGAGAAAAUGGCAACUAAAGACCAAAACGGAACCUCAAGUUUGCAAACUGCAACUGCACAUAUCAAACAUGACUGGUACCAGACAGAAUCUCAGGUUACUGUCACACUAAUGGUAAAAAAUGUCAAGAAGGAGGAUGUUCGCAUCGCGUUUCAGGAAAAGGAGUUGAACGCAAUGGUGAAACUUCCAUCUGGUGAGGAUUACUACCUAAAUAUCCACCUUCUACACUCUGUGGUUCCUGAGCAGAGCGUAUACAGGAUCCUUUCCACCAAGAUCGAGAUAAAAAUGAAGAAAACUGAAGCCAUCCGUUGGGAGAAGCUGGAAGGCGAAGGCAUCCUUCCCAACUUGAAGUACUUUUCUCCAUCUCCGAACCAAUACCCAUCAUCCUCCCACUACACCCGCAACUGGGACAAGCUGGUGGGUGAUAUUAAGGAAGAAGAGAAGAAUGAGAAGCUAGAGGGAGAUGCAGCACUGAAUAAGCUGUUCCAGCAGAUCUACUCUGAUGGCUCAGAUGAGGUCAAGAGGGCCAUGAACAAGUCCUUUAUGGAAUCCGGAGGCACAGUCCUCAGUACUAACUGGACAGACGUGGGCAAAAGGAAAGUAGAAGUAAAUCCCCCUGAUGAUAUGGAAUGGAAGCAAUAUUGAAGGAACUUGGCGUGAUGAUCUCAACAGACAGUUUCAUCACCACCAAACAGUCCUGGCCUUCCCUUCAUUACGCUCACUGUGUCUUAUUCACAAUUGGCCUGUCCUUCAGACAUAACUGCAUAAUUAUAAGUUGGGACUAAUGAUUGUAGUGAGCACUUAUCACUCAUAAUUAUUUACCGGUGACGCUGAAGAUUGGUCUAGGGUGAAAGUUCAUCUGUGUCGAAGGACCAACUCCUGAUGUUUUAGACGUCUUCGACACAUGCCGUUUUUCUUUUUUUUUUUAAAUAAAAACUGGUGUGUGAUACGGAGGCUGGCUGUCUCCGUCAUCUCGUCACUGACAUUAUUCAACCUCAAGUAUCGCUCAUCACUUCUCAAGUAGUCAUGCAUCAGUAUACAUAUGGUCAUUUUUACAAUGUAUUUUAGGGGUUGUGUUUUCUUUAAAUAUUAUUAAAAUGCAUUGUAAAUAAAUAUUUCUCGUGGUCUGGAAA